CCCAAAGGCUCUUAGCUGGGCAAUUAUUGAGUGGUAGCGAGAACAGUAGACAUAGGAUUACAAGAGAAGUUGAAGUUGUACAACUAGAUAAAAAUCUGAUGUACAAGAGUGAGUCCUACUGCUAGACCUAUGUUUACAAAAAGCAGGACAGGUAGCUUUGCGAAGACAAAGAAACAAUAAAAAUUGCUCCUUGGUUGUCCACGCUUCGUCGUGGUCGUGUAUCAACGCCUCCCAUUCCGGAAGCUGCUUCGUGUUUCCGUUUCUCUUUCUGAUUCCAACAUCACAUAUAUCCCAAGAUGUCUGUGGAGUGGUGGGAUGAUUCGGAACUCGACGAAACCGAAGAAAAAAUCCUCUCGAUAGCUGCAAUGCAUGUUAUGACAACGCGGGGGCACUAGUGCGGUAGACCUUGUUUCAUCAUGUGAGGACUCCUUCUUUUUUAUCAAACGACCCUGAUAAUUAAGUAAGCCCUCGAAUAAAACCCCUCCCCAAUACAAAAGCAAGACGUUCCCCUUGAUUGGGUUUACCCCUACCACGACUACUACUUUUUAUAUUUAUAUAUAUAAUUAUCUCUUAUCAUUCCUCCCUGAUAAGUAAGUAAAUAACCUUUUUAAUAUUCUUUCUCGUCAGCGUCAGGGAAAUCUUAGGCAGAUCGCCGAGUAGAUUCGUGCCAUCAAUAACCUCGCCACGGUUGUUACAGAAAAGAAAAGACCUGACUCAACACUCCUUCGUACAAGAAUUCUAGAGCUCCUUAGCAACGUCAGACCUGACAUUAAAUGAAUUCAUAGAAAAGUAGAAGAAGAGACCCGCCGACUCGAUCACAAUCCUUUCACCACUUUCAUGUGAAAAAGCACUGCGAGUCUUCUCAGAUUAUCGCGAGAGUCAGGCAGUGCAAGCAUUACGAAGGGAGCGAAGGCGUCGCGCAAGAAGCGUAGGAAGACUGGCGCGAAAGGCGACAUUAAGCCAGAGGUCAUUAAUUUUUUUGGAUGUUUUUCUGGAUCAAGUGUCAUUAAUCCUAAUGUCAUACUCAUAUUAUCUUUAUCACACCAGCUGAUUAUGAUUACUGUAAUAUCGACGUACCAACUAGAACCAUUUUUACGGUGGACGUAUGACGAGGACCAUAUUGAUGUUAUAGUGUUGCUCUUGGUGCUCAUGGUCAUCAACUACAGCAACAUCAUGAUCGCACUCUUCUGCUUCUCUAAUACGAGAAGCAUCAAGGAUGAAACCUCCAGACGCGAGCAAUCGUCAGCCGUGAUUAGCCCUUAUCAGGAUCAGGAGGAAUUUGUUGUGGAGGAGCCUUUAGCGUCUCGAGAAACUAUGCAGGACUGCUCGUCACUGGCACAAAUCUUCGAAGUUAGUGGGACUUCUGCUCAGGUACUUAUACUUACAGUUGUAUGUACUUAUAAUUAUAUACUUAGUACAGUAUAUUACAGUGAAGAAUUUUUGCAGAGAGAAGUAAGACUGGUGGCGUACUAGGGGUUGUAGUAGAGUAGUAAGUAAAAAGUCCACCAUUCCAUGAUUGGUACGAUAAUUUGUAAGUUGAGGCAGUAGCAGAAAAGCUUGUCGCCAAUUUAGCUGAGUCAAUGGCCACACAAGAAGUUAUCGUUCGAAGUAGUUCGAAGAUAUAUCCUCGUUAUCGAUAAUUAUUGUUCUAAAUAGUUCGUGACUAUGACACCGACACCUCAUGAAUACUAUCAUCAUUAUGAUUGCAAUUUUCUUCGAGCACGACAGGACCCCGCGGCGGUUGAGGCAGUAGCAGAAAAGCUUGUCGCCAAUUUAGCUGAGUCAAUGGCCACACAAGUCAGCAAGGAGCUACUGAAGCCGGACGAGCCAGCGGGAAAAAAGGUAGUCAUCUACAGCUUUAUCUCGUCUAUUUCGGUCCUUGCGCAUCGAAUUACCAAAUACUAGGAGUACUGAGUAUAGUACUAGGAGUUCUACUCUACUAGGGGUACUAUACUAGAAGCUUAGCAUCAGCACGAUGCACUUAUCUUUGUAGUUGUAUGUCAGUCAACUACAUGAUGUUGUGAGGCGACAACUGCUGGUCCUCCUGAGACCACGGGGACUCCAUAUCAUGUCAACCAUUUAGAAACAUAUGUCAACCAUAGAAAAGAACCCAUUUUCCCACCCCACCUGAACAGACCGACGGUCACCUUCCAUGUGAAGUCGAGCAGGCGUCGACAGCUGCAAGCUCCCCAGUCGAGGAUAUGGGUAAUAGCACUUGUAAUAGCAGUUCUCCCGUCGAAUCCAACGGUGGUUCAUGCAUACUCGAAGGGGUGCCCCCGCCACCUCCUGGAGCAGGUAAUUCUUGUACAGUUACUCGAAAACUCAAAAUAACCGCGUUACUGACUGAAAUAAGGGAGGUAGCUUAACGCCAAGGGGGUGCUCUUCCUUCUCAUCAGUAUCUCGCUUAUUUUUAGUAGUUACUCGCUUAUUUCAGUUUUUCGAGUAUAAUAAAUAUAACGUCCUCCUGGAGCAGGUAAUUCUUGUACAGUUAUAUAUAUAUAGAGUAAGUAAAAUAUCGGGUUUCGAGUUACUCGAGUUGCAACGAGUUGCUCGAGUUGCCGAAGCGAAGGGCUUCAAUUCUUGAACGAGUUGCCACGAGUUACCGGAAGCCAUCCGCUUCACCGGAAUGCGGCGCAGCAGGGCGGUAUGGACACGGUUGCGGCUGCGCGAAGUGAAGAAGUGGCUGCUUUUGUUGUUGCUCUCUCAUGAGAGGGGCGGCCGGUUGUGAAGGGCUCCCCAGCGAGUCCUUCCGGCUUUUUUUCUUGUACGUAGCGCGUGGGCGCGCGUUCGAAGCACAGCCAGGCACUAAGGGGCCGACGGCUUCGCCUCGUUGUUGUUUUUGUUUGAGGGGAGAGGGUGUCGCUGUGGCUUGUCGUUGGGUCGGUGCCAAUCUCUCCCUUUUUUCUUCGGAUGUGUUCGUGGCCAGUGAGUCUCUCACUCUUUUGGGACUGGGAGUGGGUUCCCGCCUGCUUUGGCGAACGGCUCACUCAGCCGAGGAAGCAAGUAGAGAAGAGUACGUGGCGGAUGCCUUGCGUGUUUGAUCAAGUGGCUGGGAGGGGUUCCCGAGCUGAGGGCGGUCGCUCCCUCACUCUCGUCGCUGGUGCGCAUUAAGAAGAAAACCAGGGAUCCGGGGCAUGUCGUGGAGUGUCAUACGCUCCUGCUAAGGUAUCCCAGAGUCUCACAAAGCUGCGCCCGAAGGGCGCCGCGCAAAAAAUUACGGCGAGCAACUCGAGCAACCCGAGCAACCCGAGAAACUCGACCCGUGACGGGCCAAAAAAUUCCUGACUCUAAUAUAAUAUAACGUCCUGGUGGAGCAGGUAAUUCUUGUACAGUUAUAAUAUAACGUCCUGGUGGAGCAUUUAGAUUUACUAUCCUUCUGUAUACUUACACUCUUUGACAAAAGCCGUGGUCCGCGAGAACAUCAGCACUCUUGUUUUUCUAUAUAACAGAUGUCCAAUAAAUCCAAAACGACCGCCCUGACCCUUGAAGAUGGUACUAUUUUAAAUCAAUCAUCAACAACAUCCUCAUCAACAACAUCCUCGUCAUGAUUAAGACCGUCCUCAACAUCUUCACAAUCAGGAGCCUCUACUUUGUCCGAGUCACCAGUGCGCAACUCUCUCAUUCUAUCAAUCAAGCAAGACUGCGAGCAAGUUCGGAGGCAAAAUCAAAGCCAAUACGAUGAACAGCCGAAGACCAGUCCUUUGACUUAAGGAUAGGCCUGGAUCAUCACACACUUACUGCGUGGGUCUCUAGAGUAAUCGGCAAUGCAAGAGAAUUAUAUCCAGUCGUAAUCGGCAAAAUAGGAAACUGCCCUGUAAAGAACGAGCCAAUCCUAAUCAGGUUAGAAUUAGACGGUUCAAUAUGUACUUGGUCUUGCGUUUGCGUUUGCGUACUUGGUCUUGCUCUUGCCGUUAGAAGGAUUAUUACAUAGGCGUUUGGUUUUAGAAGGAUUAAUAUUACAUAUAUCCUUGAUGUUUGGAGGAGAUAUGGUUCUGACUGAACUCAGACUGAUCAUGACAGAAACAAACUAGAUCGUCUAAUGAAGACAAGAACAGCUUUCUCGAAGUCCAAUCAUGUGUUCCGGAGGCCGUGUUAGUAAUACUGCGCUAGAAUCCGUAUCCGUUCCCGCUGGUAUGAGCUCUGCUGCUGCGACAGUUAUGACUCCUCGUUGUGGUUGUGGUUUAGUAUUCAAACAUUGAAGUACAACUAAUAUACUUUUUUUCUAUUACAAAUAUAAGAAUAUUUGUUUUUUUCUGUUAUAAAUAUUUUCAAUCAUCAUGUUCCCUAAUUGCAUGCCUGCUACAAGGUUUCCAUCACUUAUUUACAAAAAUUUGCAAAGUUCAACUUCGAAGCUAGCGCAAGGAAGAAACUCGAAGUUCUUGUUCUAAACUUUCUGGAGGUAGCAUCAGUCCAGAGAGCGCAUCUUCGGGUACCUUGCGUCCAGUUCUCUCGCUUCCUCGAGUUGAGGAACUGGGUCCGGUGAUCUGCGCUUACAACACGAGUACCUCCAAGUGCGAAGGCGCGGUUCCUCUGGACAAGAGCCCAAAUCUUGCUCGUCUCGUUGCAGUGGAGACAUCUCAGGAGAACCAGAACCCAGUAGUUAUGUUGCAAAUUGACGAGUCGUAGACCACUUAACAUUAAUAUACUUCACACACUAGAUGAUACAACUUUACUUCACUAGAUACUGUAUUACUUCACUAGAUACUGUAUUACUUCACUAGAUACUGUAUUACAACCUCAGGCUGAAGGAAAAAAAGUUUACUAGCUCUGCAGGCAGGCUAAGUAGUUGACACACUGGAAGCAUUGAGCGGAACUUCAGCGCGUACUUUCGAAAGCUGUUCUCAUUGUCUUGCAAGUGAGGAGCUCUCGCUCGUCUUGCAGUCGAGACACAGAAAAAAAAUAGAUAAUCGCCCCAUUUAAUUAUGAGGGAAAUUUAGUACUAGAUAGCUAUAUAUAAGAUUUAUUUUUAGAUUAAAUUAUAAAGUCUCAAUUGAGUGAGGACAACAUCAUCAGAAUCAGAUGGCAGAUGCACUCGGGGGAACCAGGAGGAGUUAGGAUUCACCUUGAAUAAACCUUUACUGUUUCCUAGGCUCUCGCUCUACAAGUUUGAACAUCUAAUCUCGCCACCGGCACGGUGGAUGCGACAACAACAGGUACCUCCAAUGCGCAGUCGAAGCAACAACACAGUGGUAGUACUUCCAAAAACGGACCUGGUGGACCUGGACUUAACAAGGGAACCACAACUGGAGGACUCCCGACGCCAACUGCAGCUGCUCUGCCACAUUCCAAUAGUCGGCUUUCCUUGGACGAGCGCCGGAAAAUCAUCGAGGAAUCUGGUGCUAGGAAGAAAAGGUGCUGUCUUUUUGGGUGCUCGUGAAGGUCGUGACUGUUCUUGUCACUCCAACCACGAUUGUACGACCAAUUUUUGUGGUGCCAGCUAAGAAAAAAGAUGUACUAAGUAACAGUAGAAAAAGUAGAAGCCACACGACCUUCUAUGAAGGCUAGAUGCUACAUUGCGAUGUAACAUGCAUUUAGGAACCUUCUGGAAUAGUUUUUGCCGCAUCUUCGCUUCUGACCUGAUCAAUCUGGUAGACUGAGGAAACAAGAGAAUAAGUAUAAGUAUUGUUAUCCGCUCAACAGAGUUCGUCGUCCUCGUCUUUCAUCGGAUAUGCAGGCAGCAGGGCCGCCCAUAGUUUCUCGUCAUGGGUGUCGUGAUAACUGUUAUCACAAAAUUUGAUAGAUUUUCAAAAUUUGAUGUAUAUAUCAUGGAUGAUAGUAGAUCUCGACAGAGUAGUUUGUGCAUAAGUAUCUACGUCUCUCUUAUUUGAGUAAAAUAGUUUCUUGAAUUCUAAGGCCAAUGAAUGAGAUUGUUAUUGAAUACCUUCUCAUGAUGCUCUGUCUUCCUUCGUAAAGAAUUUCAUACUAGCAAGAUAGAAGAUGAUUUGGUUAUACUUCAUCUGGUUUAAGAUAGGGCGUGCUGUCUCUGUAUCUCAAUAUGAAUUCUCUGCAAGAACGUCGUGCAUUCUUAGGUCUGCGUGGCAGUACGAUGAACGGGUGGACGUGGACGAGGUGGUCGUUCCGCCUCACUAUUUGUACAUAGCGUACGCCUUACUAUUUGUACAUAGCGUACGCCUUACUAUUUGUACUACUACACAUCUCAUAUUACACACCUUCACAACUAAGUUGAUGAAAACCACAUCAAGCAGCUAACAUCAGGAACUACUUUCUUUUCUAGUACUGAGUCAUAGUACAGCAAUCACUACACUUCUACAUCCUAUUCCACCUACAGUCCACAAAGACCAUGCUUGGAAAACUCUCCCACACUGAAUCCUAGAGCAGGGAAUGAAGACUCCAAAUCUGCUGAGCUUCUCACAUUCACUCCUUGAAGAGCUCCAAACAACGAGUCUAUUCUGAACGGAGUAAGGGAGGUGCUCAAUUACGAGUUCAAUCUUUAGGAUCCGUGCUAUCCGGGGCGUCCUCUGGCAAACCGCUUAGUGAGAGUCGUACCCUUGUCUGACGACUGACCCUGCGUGAGCGGGCAUACUCAGUGAGGCACGACGAGCAGUGAC